AUGCAGCGAUCCGGACCACCUCCUUCGACUGCCAAUGCGCCAUUCUUCUCGUCCUCCUUCUUCUCCUCUUCCUCCUCAAAAUCCCGUCCCGGCACAUCCUCAGGCGAACCACCGCAACAGUCCCAGUCCCAACCACCACCGCAGCCGUCCCCCUUCUUUCCGCCACCCCUCCAACAGCAACAAUCCUCCGGCCCCAACGUCCUCAUCAAGGACCGCAAGAACUCGUUCGGCCGUAAGACCUCCUUCAGCUCGCCCAACAAGUCCUACUCCAAGCGCCGCGCCAACAGCUCCAGCUCCGGUGGAGGAGGCAAUGUCGUAGUCACCGACCGCAACGUCCCGCCCGCACUCCCCGACUUCGCCCUCGCCGCCGCCGCAAAGAUCACCCGUGACGCCGACAACAUCCAGAGCCCCGCCUCCGCCGACAGCUUCUCCAGGAUGCUGAGCCGUUCCCAGACCGGCUCGACGAGCCUGGCACCCAGUGACCGCCUACAACCCCCGCCCACCUCCGCGACGCACCCCAACUUGUGGCAGUCGAGCGAAUCUGUCGUGUUGCACAUGCAGAUGCAGGAGAUUGCGAACAAGAGGAUAUCAACGUUGGACUACCUACGCAAGGCACACGAAGGCCGAGUGUACUGGUUCAACACAAUCCUCUUCGACAAGCCCGACCUCGCCCGCAUGCCCUCCUUUGAAUCGCGGAAACUCGCCCGCCGCGCGACAAACUACCUCCUCCUCGGCCUCUCCCUCCCCACAAUCGUCGACCUCUACGCAAAUACCCCGAUCGAGUUCCUCCGCAGCCUCAACAACCUCCUCCAAGAGUUCGAGUCCUUCCAACAACUCCACAGCGAAGGCGGCACCUCCACCAGCUCGCUCUCACGCGCCCGGUUGCCCUCCAUGUUCCGCCGCCAGGGCGGCAAGUCGCGGCGCAGCACCAGCGGCGCCAACGAUAUCGGGUACCCUCUCGACUCGGAGUCGGCGAGCGGCGGGAGCUACGGCGGCAUCGGGGGCUCGUCCAGCGCGAGCGCGAGCGUCAUGUCCUUUGCGUCGAGCGACAACGACCUGCUCCCGGGCGAGGUUUACACGCACCUGCUCACGCCAUCACUACCGUUCGAGCCCGAUUUUUACGAGACGUUUGCGACGCUGUGCGAGGUACUCAUCGAUGUCUACAUGAGGGUGUUGAGCCUGGUGCCCACGCCGAGGGAGACGACGGCACCCGUGGCGGAGCUUUUCGCCAAAGCGGACGCCAAGGUGCGCAAGAUUAUUGUCCAGGGCGUCGUCAAGGAGUUUGAGGACAGCAGCAGGUCGCACAUUAAGACGGAGGUGGCCAAUAUCAGCAAGGUUGUUCUCGGUGGGCUACUGUGA